GCGGUGUUGAAACCAGGGACACAUUGCAGCAGAUUCAUGUUUGUGACAGUUUGGGUUUCUGGCAGCCAAGCAUCAAGAAGCAGCAACAAUGACAACAGAGCAAAGUGUAGUGAGUGCACUGACCUACAAUGGAACCCCUACAGCUGCAGGAGGCUUCGACGGCGAGUACCUGAUGCGCUACAUGGUGCUAAACGAACCGGAGAAGAAGAUUCUCAGCCUGAUCUGUGUCCUGACUGGACCUGUUACCUUCCUUGAGAACAUCCUGGUGCUGGUGGUCAUUGGUACUACAGAUAACUUACGUAAGCGACCCACGUACCUCUUCAUCGGAAGCUUAGCAGCGGCUGACGUCUUGGCAAGCUCCUUCUUCCCAAUCAUCUUUUUGGAUUUCCACCUCUUCAAACGUAGCGACUCCCCUGAAAUAUACCUAUUCAAGCUCGGAGGGGUCACCAUGGCCUUCACAGGCUCUGUGGGUAGCUUGCUAUUAACGUCAAUGGACCGUUACCUGUGCAUCUACCAGGCUCCACGCUACAAAAGCCUGAUGACUUGUCGCCGGGCAUUGUUUGGGAUCGUGGCGCUGUGGAUCACGACUGUUGUGAUCUCUUUUCUGCCCAUUUUUGGAUGGAGAUGCUGGUCUGCAUCUUUGUGCUCCCUGCUCUUCCCCUACGUGGCUCCACUCUACAUCGGAUGCUGGGUGGGCCUCAUGCUGAUUGUGCUGUUCCUCAUUGUGGGAGCCUACGCGCUAAUCCUGUGGAAGGCCCACCAACAUGAAGCAGCCAUGGAGGCUCCAACAGCAGGGCGUUCCACAAUGGGAAGGCAUGCCAGGAUGCGAGUGGAUAUCCAUCUGGCGCAGACCUUAGGUCUCAUCCUCAUGAUUCUUGUGCUUUGCUGGGUCCCCAGCCUCUCCAUCAUGUUGAUUGAUGUCUCACGGAAGCUGACUAUUAAUGAACAACGGGCGUUCGCCUUCUGUGGGACAUUGUGUUUGGUGAACUCUGCUGUAAACCCGCUUCUGUACGCCCUCCGAUGCCGCAAACUCAGACGGGCACUCGUGAACCUGUUGAGGCGUGUGUGUGGAGUGUGUUGUCGGGGAAAACCGGUGUGUGUUUGCCUUCAAAACAAGGAUGGUGAUGUCAAGAAAUAUGCAGAAACUGUUUCUGAAUCCCUAGACAAACAAAAUCCGGGUUAGCUGGACACCAGGCUUUGAUAACUCUUCACUGUGAUACCUGUUUUGAUAUAAAAUAUCCAUCCUUAAAAAAGUUGGGAUGCUGUAUAAAAUGUAAAUAAAUGUAAAUAAAAACAGAAUGCUAUAA